AUGAAAAAAAAAAAUAAUAAAAGAAAUUCAAAAUAUGAUAGCGAUGAUGAAGAAAUAAAUAAUAAUAAUAAUAAUAAUAAUAAUAAUAAUAAUAAUAAUAAAAAAAAGAAUCAUAAUAUUGAAAGUGAUGAUGAAGAAGAUAAAAAUAAUAAUAAUAACAAAAGAAAAAAUAAAAAAAACUAUAAAAAUCAACCACAACAGCAACAACAACAACAACAACAAAAGAAAGAAAUAAAAAAUGAAAAAAUUGAAAAAGAAAUAGAAAAGAAAAUUGAAAGUCAAAUUAGGAAAUUAAAAAUUAGUCUUAGCUCAGAAGAUGAAGAGUUGGGUCUAUUAAAUUAUGAUAUCGAUUAUAGUGAAAGGUUAUUUUGGAGGGUCUGGAAGAACAAGUAUUUAAGAAUACUCAUUAUUGAUUCAAUUAAAGAAGAAAUGAAAAUCAGUACUUUCAAGUAUCACGAAAUUUGUUCAGUUCAAUGGAUGUUAAGAAAUGGUUAUCAAGAAUUAUUGAAAUUAAAAGUAAAGAAUGGAGAAUUUUUAAUUGAUUUCUUUAAUUUUGAAAAUUAUUCAUCAAACCCCUACCCAUUUAAAGAAAAAAAUACUAAUAAUCGCAAGUUAUCAAUUUUUAAAGAAAUAAAUAAUAACAGUAAAGAGUGCAGCGAGUUCUAUGAAAAUCUAUUCAAAAACUAUCCAAGCUAUUUUAUAAAACUACCAAUAAUUCCACAGCAUCUUUAUGAUAUCAACGACAAUCAUUCAUUUUCAAUUUCGCCAACUAUUGGAAAGAUAUGGACAUUAUUAGAAUACUCUUCAAAGUUAGCUAUGAAGUAUGAUAAUGUGUCAGCAUUGUUAAUAUUAAUCAAAAAGUAUAACUUUAAUGGUAAGAUCGAUCAUUUUUACCAAUGCUUGGACUAUGGCUCUACUAAAUGCGCAAAAUUAUUAUUCAAGGUUUUGAAUGUAAAAAAGAAUGAUAUUGUUGCAAAGGUCUGGAAAUCUUCUUUAUUAAAAGAAAAAUCAGAUGUAAUAAAACCAAAAAGAAAGCAUCAUCAAAUUAUAAAUAAAAUCGUAAACUUUUUAAUUAUGGAUAUGAAACUAUUACCACCUAAAGAAUUAAAUAAGGUUAAAGAAGAUAUAUUCCAAUUUGAAAUUUAUCAAUUAACAGUUCAGGAACUUUUAGAAUCGUGUGAAACUGUUGCAUUGCUUUUAGAAAACACCUGUUUCUUUGAAGACUAUUUAAAGUGUAUCGCAAAAGAAGAGAUCAGAGACAAAUAUAUGAACUAUUCAGGUUUACUUCAAACAUAUUUGCCAACACCAGCAACCGAUUUCAUCCAAUAUGAAGAUUUAAAACAAUUCAAGCAAAAUGAAUUAGGCCAAAUUUUGCAAGAUAAAGUUUUUUCAAUUUCAAAAGAUAAUCAAACUGUUAGAAACUUAUUUAAAAUGUUAAUAACAUUCACAUGCUAUACCAGUGGCUCUUUCAAGGAUAAUUUUAUUUUCUAUCAAUAUAAAUACUGCAAAGAUUUCACACUAUCAACAAAUACUUUUAAUUCAUUACAUUUUGGGGAACUGGGUGGGGUUCGAACAAAUGCAGACUUUUCACUUUUAUUCACAAAUACUGAAAAAACCGAAACAACAAUAUUUAAAUUUUGUAAUAAUGAUAUUGAUCAACAAAAAGAAUUUUUAAAUCAAGUUUUAAACAAUAUUAAAUUAAAUCUUAGAAAUAAUAGUUAUAAUAAUAAUAAUAAUAAUAAUAAUAAUAAUAAUAAUAAUAAUAAUAAUAAUAAUAAUAAUAAUAAUAAUAUUUUUAUUCAACCAAUUAAUAUAAUGGAAAUUUUACUGUGUUCAAAUAUUUUAAUUUUAAUCAAAGAAUUAUAUAAAUCAUUAUUAGAAACAUAUGCUUUUGAUGACAGUGAGAUUUUUCCAAAGAAUUUAGUUGAAAAGUACAUCAAAUCAACAGAGGUAUUUGAUUAUUUAUUACAAUUAAAUUCAGAAUUUAUAAAUCAAGAGAUUACCUUCCAAAGUUGUUUAAAAUCAAAAAUACCUUUAAUGAAGCAUAUUAAAAGAAACCAUUUAAAACUCUAUAGACAACUAUUACAAUUUACAAUUGAAGAUACAAAUAAUACAAGCUAUGAAUAUUCAAAAGAAUCAAUAUUAUUUAUUUAUAGUAAUAUAAAUGACUUUAGCUUUUGUUAUGAAAAAAUCAAUAUAUGGAAACGCAGGUCACUUUUCGAAUUCUCUUUAGAAGAAUAUAUUCAAUUGGUUAAGGGAACUCCGUAUGAUCAAAAGUAUAGUAUUUUUUGUGGAGCAGAUUCAAAAAAAUUCAAAAGGUCUUGUGUACUAUUAAACUGGGUUUAUAAAAACAGAUAUCAAGAUAUUGUUUCGUCAAGAUGGGAUAGUGUAGCCGACGCAGAAGCACAACAUUUAGGUUCGAAAAUCAAUCCAGAAAUGGUUUUGGUUUUAUAUCAUUAUUAUUGUGGCAGGACCGACAUGGUUUUAGAUUACUUUAGAGCCAAAUUAAAAGAAAUACCAUCAUUAAUCAGACUUGUAGAAAAUCAUUUUUUUACAAAAAUUAGGUACUUGGUUGCAAGUAGAGGCGAUACAGAAACUUUAGCCAAACUAAUGGUCCUUUUAAGUACUCCGUUUGAUCUAAACAAAGAAAAGUUUUAUCAUAGCUUUAUCAAUCCAUUGUUAAUUGUUGCUCAAAUCUACGGUCGUACAAAUAUUUUCAACUACCUAAAAGAAAACUAUCCAACUUUAUUUAUUAUCGAUUGUUACGAUUCAAACCGCAAUAUUUCAGUUUUAAAAAACUCGUUAUUAUCUUCUGCCUCGAUUAAUAAUAAUAUUUUAGCUUUUAAUUUUAUUUCAACUCAAAUAAAAGAAAACAAUUUGUUAAAAAAAUGA